AUGGCUUCAUCAGCUCCGCCGGUGAACCAUUUGUUGUUUGCAGAUGACAGCCUGCUGUUUUUUAAAGCAAAUGUUGAGGGAGCUGAAGAGGUUUCCCAAUUGUUGGAGAUAUAUGCUAGAGCAUCUGGCCAGCGGAUUAAUAAGGAUAAGUGUUCACUGUUCUUUAGUAAGGGAUGCCCAGAGUCCAUAAGAGCUGAUAUUAAAACUAUCUUGCAAAUCCCCAACGAACAGUUAAAUGAAAAAUAUCUUGGCAUGCCUUCUGAUGUUGGGAGUUCAAAGAAUGGUGCUUUCAAGUACCUCAAAGAUAGACUAUGGAACAAGAUACAAGGGUGGAUGGAGAAACUACUUUCAGCAGCGGGGAAGGAGGUGCUUAUUAAAUCAGUAGCACAAGCUAUUCCGGUGUACUCAAUGUCUUGUUUCAAGCUUCCGAGGGGUUUAUGUCAAUAG